UCAUUUUUGUUGUGGAAUUCCUGUAAUUGUGUGGAGUCGGUGUCUUGCAAGGUUGUGUUCUUUGGUUGCGAGUAUAUUCCACUGUUCUGUGAGAGACGCAACGGCUUGGCGAGCCCUGACUUGUUUAUAGUGUGGCAGAAUAAUCUUAGGUUUUGCGUUUUAUUGAAAAGGAUUGUUCUGGUUGUGAGCACUUGUGACGUGUACAACGCUAGGAAGGUGUCAAUGGCUUGGCUGUUGGAUAUGCAGUGGACGGUGUGUUGGACGAAUCAAAUCCUCUUGCAGUAGAGAAGCUUGAAGUGUUUCGUGUUUGAUAAUUUCGUGGAGUGUAGGAGACCUUAAUUCGAGAGAUGUGGCAUCUUGCAAGGAGACAUGAAGCAGUAACACGCAUACCUGGAGCAGGCCAAUUACUUCGGAGGUAGCAACUUAGGGCUGCUGGCAUGUGCACGAUUGUUAAUAAUGCAUUCGUGGGAUUGACCGUUAACUUUAGGCCUCCAGCGGUAUGGCAGAGGCUUUAGAAUUCUUAUUUUAAUGUUGAUGGCGGAACAAGUGGCUAUUCUUCAAUGCUCUAAGGGGACUACAGAGGUAAACAGUGUUUUCACGAACGGAACGCAUAGAAACAAUGUAUUCGAGAAGUCUAUCGUUGACGUUGAAAGUUCAGUAGUGCUAGGGGAAUCGAGUUGGAGACAUGAGAUUCGAAGUGGGGAGCUGAUAGAAUCAAGGAAUGGGUUGAGCGAAGAGAUCUAUGGAGAUGAACAAUGCCAUUCGGUGGCCAUCGAAACCUUGGAGAAUUGGCCUUCAUGUUCUUCCCCAGGGGAUACAAAAAGCUGCACAGUGAAUUACGUUCGGAUUGGUAGUUUCGGUGAUUUGGAAAAGGAAGAAAGAGAGAAUUCGGAAUCAAGACAUGAAAAUUUGCAGGUCCAUCCGAAUGAACUAGUCCAUUUUACAAAUGUUAUCAGGCCUAGGAAUCUGGAGAAUGUCGUAGGGAAAGCUGGUAAACGACUGGUUACUAGGACAUUAUCUGGAGAGGGAGAAAACACUGACCAAAUAGUGUCUAACUUGCUUUCAAAACAGUUGAAGGAUUUAGAUGUUAAAGAAAGUGAUUCGGAAGCUGAAUUAGGUCAGGAAAGUGUUGAACCUAUUGUCGAGAAGGUGGAGGGUGAGGUUGAAUUUAAACAGGUAACCGAUGAAAUGUGGCUUGGCAUGCGUGCCGACGAUGAAUCACAUGAAGUGGAUCGAAAAGAGAGGGGUUUCGAGAUGGAAAGGCGUGAGGAACAGCUUGAAGGUGGAAUAGGGAUGUUACAGGGGGAGUCUGGGCAAUCGGAUGAUGAUUUACGGCUAAAUCACGUUGAAAAGGACUUCGGCCUGCAGAAGAAGCAGAAUGACAUGGAUAAUAAUAUGCAGAACAUGCCAGGAAGCAUGCAAUUCAGUGAAGAAGGGCCAGAAGCUGCAGCUGUCCCAUGUACCUCUGUCCCCAAUGACUCCGAAAUGAUAGUUGCUACUUCAAAUCAACAGACUGCAGCUAGUCCACAGAAGGCUAACUUUCUUGCUUUUGAGGAUAGGGUUCAGGAGGCUGAUGAACAGGUGAAGGAAGAAGAAUGCUUCAUUCAGCCCAUCUUGCAGGUGAAAGGAAACAUUUAUAAUGUUGUACAGGAAGAACAACAUGAGUCGCGCGAGAAGGAAUUGCAUUUGGAGAGUAGUUUGCUUUCCACAAACGAGGAGGUGACCAGGAUCUCUGGUCUUCUGACAGAGGCUGAGUUGGCCUUAUCGAUCGAGCAAGAGAGACGAAAAGAAUCGCUCUUGGAAGUGGAUCAGCUGCUAGAAAAUUUGAAUGAAGAAAAUAGUAUCCGAGGAGAAUAUGAGGAGAAGGUAACAAUGUUAUCGUCCUUUCUGAUUAAUAUGAAGGAGGAGUUGACGAUUGAUGGUGAGGAUGGUGAAGAAGUUGUCGCGAGUAGGCUAGCAUCUGUUUCGAAGGAUCUAGACAAGGAGCUUGAAAAUAUGAGCUUUAAAAAGCUUAGUACCAGGUCUCUAUUAAGUGAAAAUGAGCAGGGCAUUCGUUGGAAGUUGCAGCGGGAUACACCAGUGACGCGGAAGGAUAAUUUAGAGCUGAAGCUUCAUAUGCAGUUGAGAAAGGCGAGAGAGAGAGAAGCACAGGUAGAGGCGAUGUGGGUAGAGAGAGAGAGGAAUUUAGUUACAAAGUGCAGUUACUUGGAGGCUGCCAUCGUUCAAUGGGAGUCGAAAUACGAGAAGCGGGACAUUGAAGCAUUGCAAGAAAGGAAACUCUUAGAGAUUGAGCUAGAGGCCCAUCGCACGAAAUGGGCUGAUGAGAAGCUUCGUUUAGAAGCGGUCGUGCUGAAACAGCAGCAAUGGCUUGAGGAGAAAGUUUCAAAGUGGACAUCUUUGCUUGAUGCCAAAGAUAGAGAACUGAAUUCUCUCAAAAACGAACUGGAAGAAUUGGAGACUUCCUUAAAAAUUGUCAAGCAGGCGUUAGAGAGUCCACCUCAGCAGGUUCAUGAUCAACAGAAACAUAUGCUAGAAACUUUUUGGCAAAGUAAUACUUCAUGUGAGAGUUACAAAGCAGGAAGGAGUUCGGAAGAAAGUGACGGAGAAAGCUGUCAGAGUAUUGAGACGUUUGUUCAUGCUACUGACGCGGUAGUGGAUGAGCACCAUAAAGAAACAGACUCGGGGAUGGUUUUCGUAGAGAAACUCAUAUUAGAAAGAAAGGAACUUGAGGGGAAAGUUUCUAAUUCACAAAUGUCAAUGGACGAAAUGCGGACUGUGUUUCAGGAUAAAUUGAAUCAGUCUGACGCUGAAAUGAAGAAUUUGGAGGCAGGACUAUCAUCGAAGACAGCUGAAGUUGAGGAUUUGGUAGCUCAGCUCAAUGCUAGGGAACGUCAAUUGGAGGCUCUCAUGCAGAAGUUUAGGGAUGAAGUGUUGAGCAUUGACAGAGAAGUUGAGAAGGAACGACAUGAAACACGGGAUGUGAUGGAGAUGCACUUUGUUGGAGAGCGCCGUCUUGUUGCAGAAAUCCGAGAGAAAGAAGAGGGUUGGCAAAAUGAUUUGGAGGCAAUUACGCAAGAGUUAUUUGAAUCAAGAGAGUGGGCUAGACAGAAAGAUGUGGAUAUCAUCAAUUUGAAGGAAGAUUUCGAAGCACUUGAUGAGCAGAGGAAGGACGAGGAGCAAAGGUUAUUUAAUAGGAUUCACUCUUUGUUGGAAGAAAAGGAUGCUUUGACGGACGCACUUAAGCAAGAACAAAAGGCUCGGGUAGCAGCGGAAGCUGAAUAUCAGAGGCUUGAGGAGGAGCAUGUAAUACUUCUUAAAGAGUUGGGUGCCGAAAGAAGGAGGAAUUCGGCAGAGCCGAAACAUGGAGGCAUUGACUGUCAGGAUGAUUUUGAUUCUCAGGCCGCUGAUUUUAGGGUAGUCAAUGUGGAUAUACAAAUUGAGGAAGCUAUGAACGAAAUUGAGAGCCUAAGAGAAGAAUUGGACAACAAAGAAACACAACUUAAACACGCUAAGAAGGUCAAAGAGAUUGAGUGGGAGAGACGUCAGGCUGCUUUGAUUGAAGAAUAUGAAGAUAUGCUAGACAUGCGAGAACAAGAAUUGCAGCAGGUGUGGAUGCGUAAGGAGCAAGAGCUUCUAUCUGCGAACGACAAAAUACUUCAUCAGCUUGCCGACCAACGUGGGGAAACAGCCAUAGUGCAAGGAGCUCUUAGAGAACUGGAAUGGUUCAUCAAGCACGGUGACACCAAUAUCAAAGCCAAGUUGGCGGACAUAUCUAAGAAAGAAGGCAUGGUGAAGGUGCAUACAUCGCACUUGGAGGAGGUUGAUCUGUAUAUCCAGGAACUUCAAGCAAAAUUGGAGGAGUCGGAGAAGAAGAGAAAAAGUGCCGAGAUUGCUGCAUCGGUACGAGAGUUAAAACGAGUAGCUAGCUUUGAUGUAGCGCUCGUCCAAGGGGACAAGGACAGGUUACUACCAAACAUAGUUCGGCAUGAUGCACAUCCCACAUCUCAACUCUCUAUGGAAAGUGGAAUGGAGAGCUUGCGAAUACGCACAAGAUUUUCUCUUGGAGAUACAUUUGGACGCAGUUUCAAUAGUCCGAGGGAGAUUCAGCCAGACCCAUAUUUGGAGGUCGAAAAUUCCAGCGGUGCUGGUCGUUAUGGUGGAAAUAUCGGCUCUAGCACCAGUUAUGGUCAGCCUCGCUAUGAUUACUCCCUUCCAGUGUUGCCUCCUCCAUCACCUGGACGACGGCAGCAGAAGUGGUUUGUCGAUGUUUCUUGGUUGGAGAACGCCCGCAAGGAGCAAACAAUUUUACGGAACCAGCUGGACUUCGAGCGACAACAGAUCUGUUCAUUUGGACAGGUUGAAGCAUAUAAUAGGAUGAUAGAAGCAGCGGGUUUAAGAGCCUUGGAGGAGAAACAUGAAAACGAAUCUAAAAUCCUGGCUUUGCAACAGGAGGUGCGCUGGUCCCAACCAAACCCUCUCUUCUUUUGCACUCCCGGGUUGCAUGCUUUAACAAGCUGCUCAUCACUCAGAGGCCCUCCGACAAAGGAUCUGUCAAGCCAUAAUUCAAUAUUCCCAAAACUCUCAGGAGAAGUGUGAAGGUCCUUUCAGUGAUUUAUAACGUCAAUGUGCAGUCCCCAUUCAAGGGGAGCCAUCCUACCGGCUGUUAUCUGUGCCUUCAGGUGUUGAUGCUGCGGAAGAUGCUGGCCGCCAGGUCCGAGACGUGAAAUUGAUUUCAUUCAAGGUUCGAAAUGUACCAUGUGUCAGCUUAGCUGCAACUUUUGUACAACACUUACACAGAUGGUGGAACCAUCCACAUUCAACACUUGGAGCUCAUGGUUUGUUCACGAUUGUGAUGGUAAGAUCGCACUGAAAGUGGACGUGUAAUUUUAUAAGCAUGUCUGAUGUGUCAUCCAUGCGCGGUAGUGCUUAGCAAUUGGCGAAGUAUCUAUAAUUGUCGCUCUUUUUUAUAGAGAAACUCUGGAGAACUGGAGAUUAUUUUGGCUACCAUCGAUUGGGCAUUUACUAACCCAUCAUGGCAGGAAAUUUUUGGAUAGGGAUGAUAAUGUCACCUGUUGAAUUGUGUAUACAUGGCUUACAUAAAUGCUACCUUCACAAUGAGGAAAGCUUUCAAGCAGCCGUAAUUGUUACGUGCUUAUGACUUGGUUGCUACUGAAUUGCAA